AUGGCUUUCAGGCAGUCGGAGGACGAUGCACAAGAAGGUGCAACGCCGGUGACAAUGCAUCACGCCAACGUAGCCAAGAUCAUCCCUUCGCUGCCCCUGGAGAUCAGGUGGCCACCGUUCCGGCUCCGCCAUUACGCUGGCUUCUGGGUGCCAGAGGUAACAUUGAAGAUAGGCGCCCCGAACGUCCAUUCCAGGUUCCAGCCGAGACCCACCGACGUGUUCCUUGCAAGCUUCCCCAAGUCUGGAACCACUUGGCUUAAGGCCCUAGCCUUCAUAACGCUGAAGCGUUCCACACACAUCCGCCCGUGCGACGACGACCAUCCGCUGCGCCAUUGCGGCCCUCAUGACUGCGUCAAGUUCCUCGAAAUUGCUACGCACCUUCCCUACUCCCUGCUACCCAACAGCAUCACAGGUGAGCGCUCAGGGUGCCGGAUCGUAUACAUCUGCCGGGAACCCAAGGAUGCUCUGGUUUCUUACUGGUUGUUCACGAGGAAGGCGUCGCCGGCGUGGGGAGUUGAUGCGCAGUCAUUCACGAUCCAGGAGGCAUUCGAGCUAUUCUGCCAAGGCCGCUGUCCUGAUGGCCCCCAAUGGCAACAUGUCCUCCAGUACUGGGAGGAGAGCGUGAGGAGACCAGACAGCAGGGUGUUGUUCCUUAGGUACGAGGAGAUGCUCCUUGCGCCGGAGAGUCACGUCAAGAAGCUAGCAAGGUUCAUGGGCUGUGAAUUUUCCGAGGAGGAGGAGGAGGGCGGGGUUGUGAGCGCCAUCGUGGAGCUGUGUAACCUGGCCAAGCUGAGGGACAUGGAGGUGAACAGAAAUGGAAGCACUAGGAUGGGGGUCAAGAACGAAAGCUUCUUCAGGAUGGGAGUUGCUGGGGACUGGAGCAAUCACAUGACGCCGGAGAUGGCGCAGAGGCUAGACAAGAUUGUCGAGGAUGCAUUGCAAGGGACUGGAUUCACCUUUGCGAGCACAGCAUGA